AUUCAAGUUACCCGCCAGGAAGCGCACGCUAGCGUCCGAAAACACAGCUUUCACUUUCCGUCACCCAUCCUUUAUGUACCUCCAGCUCGUUGGGGGAUUUAAAUGAAUCGUAUGUAACAGAGACUGUCAAAAUAAAGUCGGAAAACGGAAAAUUUAGCAUCAAACUUCCGUGCGCUGCGUGUACGCAGCUCGACUUCUCACGACGCCAACUCACGUGGUAUCGCGAGAUCGACGCGGCGCGUCGUUUCUAUGGAAACAAGUGAGCGCUGAGCAACACAGUUGUCUAGAGUUGAGGAGAAAGUCGUUUCGUUUGUCAACAUGGAGAAUCACAGAGAGUUUGGGAGAGCUGUGCCGGUGCAGAUCACUGUUCUGUCGGGGAAUCAUUUGAGGGGCAGUAGGACUGAUUCGUGUCUCAGUUUUGUUCGGGUGGAGUUUAAUGGAUGUGUGCUUGGAGACUCACAAAAACUGGACGUCCCUGUGGACAAAGAUGUGGUUUACAGCUUCACCUGCAGCUUUGAGUGCUCGGAGGGGGCACAUACACUGGACGAUGUGGCUCAUAAACCUGUCAUACUAACAGUGUUCGAGAUCUUACCAAAAGAGAAAAAACAAAAAGAGGAGAAAACCACUGUACUAGGACAAGCCGUCGUGGAUCUACUGCCGCUGCUGCGAGGUCAGUGUAGUUUCUCAUCCACCGUGCUUCUUCACGCGGUGCCCGGAUCACCGGCAGACGUUGCUGUACAUGAGGAUGGCGUAAAAUCCACACUCGAUGUGAUGGUGCAUGUUCCCGAGCCGUUGCUCUCUGAUGCCCAGCGCUCUGACUCUAAUGUGCUGAUGGUCACUGUGGAGACGGCGUAUUCUGUUCCUGACGUCUGGAAUCCUGCCUCCACACCUCCAUCCCACUAUAUAGCUGCCCUGCAGAUGCCCGUCUCAGCCACAAAAGAGCAAGUCUUGUUAUUCUCCAAUGGCGUCUUAAAAAUGGGUGGUGAGAAGGAGCCAGUGCCAAGAUCCAAAAAGUGGCCCUUGGGGUCUCUUCUCGCACCAGGGGCCGAGGUCAUUCAGGGCCUUUAUAUUGAUGCAGAACCCACAGACAUGGAUCACGGAGACCUUACUGACAUAGAGGACAAGGAUUUCAGAGCAGACGCAGAGUGUAACCAGAAAAGAGUGAGCUGGGAUACAGCACGUCGUUGCUUUAUUGAUGCGGGAGGUGUGGCCUGUCUUUCCCGCAGGAUUGCAGAAUGUAGAUUGUGGCCUGUUGAGAUCAUGAAGGCCAUACAGACGGCACCAACCAAAGGUGGGAAGACAAGACAGGGGGAGGAUGAGGUACAGAUCUCAUUCCAUGGAGUGGUUUACAUGGAUCUGGUGCCGUUGUUGUACCCUGGAGUGCGGCGUAUACACGGGGUGUACAGAAUCUACCCGUUUUAUGAGUCUGAUCUGCUGAAUAAGACUCAGAGGACCUACAGUGUUUUGAAGGAGAUCAGCAAAGCCCCGGCAGCACUGGGCCGAAAUCGAGCCAAUUCCUCUGUCAACUCCUUAAAGGCUUUUCAGAGUAGAACCAUGGAGAACCAAAGAGGAAACAACGAUGUUUCCAAAAAGCCGGACUCGCAGGGAAAAUGUGCUCAGACUGACAGCGUGUCUGGACUGGAGCCUCAGCUGAACACUGAGGGACAGAUGUACGCCGAUUCAAGAUCGUACAUUAUUAUUGAAAUUGCUGUGGAAAAGCCACUGGCUCCAAAGAGACCACCGGAGGAGCUGGCCAAACGGGUGAUGGAGCUGGUUCCUCCCAGACCUCCACUGCCUCGACGGCCAGCAGGAGCAGAAAGAGCAGUACAGGAAUACCAGUCUCAGAUAGCGAGUGUGGCCGCUCAGGUGUUGGAUCAGUACCAGCAGCUGUUCGGGGCAGCGUUUCUGCCGGGUGGGAGACCUCUGGACCCAGUCCUGCAGGAACAGCGUAAAAACCAGCUUCUCGGAGAGCUCAACUACUCUGGGAAAUACUUUGCCUUCAAGGAACAGAUGAAGUACUCUGUGGUGCGGAUCGUAAGAGAGAAGAUGUUGAGGACAGAGGCUUUCUCAGACCCUGAACAGCUGCAAGCGUUCCUGAGUCAGUUAUACGUGUUCCUGGUGGACGAGAUGCAUGCUACUCUUAAUAAGACUCUGUCAGUGGACUCUCAGGACGCUCAUCAGGAGCCUGUCCUGAGCUGUGCUCAACUCAAACACUUCGCCAGAGAGGCCGAACUCAACACGGACUACCAGCUGGCAGCACAGUACUAUCAGGAGUGUUUGAUUCAAGAGCGCAGCGAGCCGUCCCACUGGUGUGAUUACGGAGCGUUCCACAUGCUGACCGCUGACCACCUGAAGGCAGAGGAGUGCUUUCAACAGGCCUUAUCCAUCCAGCAAACACACAUACCAAGUUUGCUCAUGUGCGGCGUGCUGUCAGAGAUGAACGGACGCUAUGAGGACGCCGAGACCUUCUUUGAAAGGGCGACUUGUGUGGAGCCCAACAAUGUGGUCGCCUGGGCUUUGUUUGGUAUAUUCUGCCAGACUCAGGAGAAGUUCAUAGAGGCAGAAAUGGCUUUUCGGGAAGCCAAUAAGCAGCUUAAUGCAGUCCUGCAGAAUGAAUCCGCAUCUAGACCAGAAAUAAGCUCAGAGACUCAGCCUGGUCAGAAGAAGGAGCAGAAUGAUGAAAGCAGUGAGACUCCAGCUGGAAACACAGAGGAGACAGAUGAAGGUGAUGCUGUACAUGAAGAAGACCAGCCACAGAACGACCAGGAGAGCAAACAGGAAGUACAACACCAAAUUCCCCCAACCAGCGUCCAAACCACUAUCUACAUGGAGACAGUGUGGAUUCUCCUGCAGAACUACGCAUUACAGAUGGCCCAGCGUGCUCUGGCUCUCGAGCUGCUGUCUCCAGACAGAGGCACCAUCAGCUCAUAUCACCUCGCUCUCGCUAAACUACACCUGCUGAGAGGAGAACACGACAGCGCCGAGGCCAGCCUGAAGGAGGCGCUGACCGACAACUUCCAGAAUCCCGACAUAUGGGCCCUGUGGGGUCACUUGCAUUACGAGAAGGGCGAUUACUUUCAUGCUCAGAGCUGCUAUGAGCGGACGCUGGAUUCUGUGCUGGACGCCUCAGACACACACUCCAUCUACCUUCGCUUGGGCUCCAUCUAUCUGCAGAAAGGAGAAUAUGAAAAAGCCAAACCUGUAUUCCUGCGUGCCUGCAAACGCUCGCCGUCGUGUCUUACUUGGCUCAGACUGGGAAUCGCCUGCUAUAGACUGGAGGAGCUGACUGAGGCUGAAGAGGCGCUGACCGAAGCCAACGCACUCAAUAACAGGAAUCCAGAGGUGUGGGGUUACCUGUCGCUAGUCUGUUUACGGACUGGCAGAAAACUAGAGGCAGAGCAGUCAUAUAAAUAUGCCCUAAAGAUGAAUUUGCAAGAGGAGUCCCUUCUAGAGGAGAUUCACGAGCUGCAGUCACGUGUUGGGUUUGGGAACCCUUCCUUCUGAUCCGUCUUAUCCACAUUAAUGUCAUUUUCAACAAUAAAACGGUUCAUUGUUUAAUCCUAAUGAUUAAAAAAAGGUGUAAAUGAUAAUAAAAUAUGAUUUUAACCAUA